GGUGUGGAUUUUGUUCCAGUGCAGGGGAAGCCACUGGAGGUUUUAAGCAUGAGAGUGACAUCAUCCGAUUUAUGCUUUUAAAAGAUCACGCUGGCAGCUGUGUUCCUCCCUCUCACCACUGAAUCUCCAGGGCCUAGCACUAGCCCUGGCCCAAAGGGAGUGUUCAAAAUAUGCCCUGAAUGAAUGCGUGCCCCGGACUUCCUGUGUGACCUGGAGAUACUCACUUCUCUCUCCGGACCUUAGUUUUCUCACCCGAGAGGCAGUCCGUGGGGAUUUCACGCCAGAGUGAGCGGGUCGGAGUGGAUUUAGGUUUCCCGCCUCCCCAUGCGGCCCCGAGACCCGAAUCCCCCACUUCAGGAGACGAACUAAGGUUGGUGGGGGGGGGGGGGGGAAUCUUCCCUUCUGGCGACCUGAAGCAAUGCGCUGCGGCCCCGCCCGGGCCUGGACCGCGGUCUGAAGGAUGCUGCAGCCCCGGGGGCGGGACCCGCAGGCGAUCGCCGGCGCCUCCCGUGCGGAUUGGGUGCAGCGGUGACCGGCGCCGCGCUAUUGGUCGGUCCAGAAGCAGGGGCGGGGACCCGCUCCCGCAGCGCGGCGGCGGGGACACGGCCAGAGCCCGGGAAGCUGCUGCGGGGGUGAUGGCCGCGCCGAGCCCGGGGCCCCGCGAGGUCCUGGCCCCCUCCCCAGAGGCUGGAUGCAGACCAGCCACCUCGACCUCUGGCCGCCGUGGCCUCCUCUGGCGUCUACGAGACAAGCAGGCUCGCCUUGGCCUGUUUGAGAUCGGCCCGGGGCAUGAGCUGCACCAGCUGACAUGUAUGAUGCAGGCAGGGCUGUGGGCUGCCACUCAGGUCUCCAUGGACCACCCACCCACAGGACCACCCACCGAGGAGGAUUUCUCUGAGGUCCUGACCCAGGUUCACGAGGGCUUCGAGCUGGGCACCCUGGCCGGCCCGGCCUUCGCCUGGCUACGCCACUCCCUAGGCCUGGCUGAGGGAGACUAUCAGGCGGCAUUAGGCCCAGGUGGCCCCUACCUGCAGUUCCUCAGCACCUCCAAGAGCAAGGCCAGCUUCUUCCUGUCCCACGAUCAACGCUUCUUCCUGAAGACCCAGCGCCGCCGGGAGGUGCGGGCGCUGCUCGCCCACCUGCCCCGCUACGUGCAGCACCUGCGGCGGCACCCGCACUCGCUGCUUGCGCGGUUGCUGGGAGUGCACAGUCUGCGGGUGGCUCGGGGAAAGAAGAAAUUCUUCAUCAUCAUGCAGAGCGUCUUCUAUCCCGCCGGCCGCAUCUCUGAGAGGUAUGAUAUAAAGGGCUGUGAGGUGAGCCGAUGGGUGGAGCCAGCCCCUGAGGGUAGCCCUCUUGUCCUCGUGCUGAAGGACCUCAACUUUCAAGGCAAGACCAUCGACCUGGGGCCCCAGCGGAGCUGGCUCCUCCACCAGAUGGAACUGGACACCGCCUUCCUCCGGGAGCUCAACGUGCUGGAUUACAGCCUUCUGAUGGCCUUCCAGCGCCUCCACGAGGAUGAGAGGGGCCCGGGCAGCAGCCUCAUCUUCCGCACGGCCAGGUCUGUGCGAGGGGUACAGAGCCCGGAGGAGCCGGGAUCCCAGAACCGCCGGCUGCUGCCCGACUCCCCCAACGCCUUACACAUCCUGGACGGGCCGGAGCAACGCUAUUUCCUGGGCCUCGUGGAUCUCGCUACGGUCUACGGGCUCCGCAAGCGGCUGGAGCAUUUAUGGAAGACGCUGCGCUACCCAGGUCGGACCUUCUCCACCGUCAGCCCCGCUCGCUACGCCCGUCGCCUCUGCCAGUGGGUGGAGGCUCAUACCGAGUGACCCGCGCCCGUCGCUCUCUCGCAUCUGGACAAUGGGCACACGCCGGGAACCAGGGUUCCAGUCUGGCCCCGGCGGCGGGUCGGCCUCCCUUCACCUGCUGUUCCUCCCUUUGGCCUCCAGAGGGCAGCAUCCCCUAACUAAUACCAUGACAACACAGCCUCAUUUGGUGGUGAUGACUGGUUCGGCGUUGUGCCAGGGACUCCCCAACAUUAGCUCGAUUAAUCUUCAAAAAAAAAAAAAAAAUGCUAUUAUUCUCUUUUUACAGACCAUGAAUUGGAGGCUCAGGGGGUGAAGGUACUGAGCAAGAUCAUUCAGCAAUAAAUGCUGGAACCAGGACUCGACUAUGCCUUUUGGACUCAGGAGCCUGUAUUCUUACCCACCAGCUCCCUUAGCCCUGUCUUCAUGCUCUGGGGAAUGGUGUAGGCUGAAGGCUCCAGCCAAGCCCCUUUGUCGUCCAGAUGGGGAAACUGAGGCCCAGAGACUUUAAUGGGCUUACCCAUGGGUAAGUGGAAAGGCCAGCCCAAGAUCCCAGGUCUCCUUACCUCCUGUCCACUGGCCUUUUGGGGUGGUUCCUGUGGCUCCUGCUUCUCUAGGGAUGCAGGCAGGAGAAGGGGAGGUUUUGGGGGGGGGGGGGCUGCAUCUCUGGAAGACACUAUGUUAGGACCCACCAUUGAUCUUGAGUAAGUUCUUCCUUCCUCUGGAAGUCGCUCUUCUCAUCUGCGAAAGGGGGACAGGGGUUGGUGGUCAGACCAAGGGCCUGGCCACACAGACAAUACCAGCAGCAAAGAAGUACAGUGCGUGCACAGCCCCUGAUCAUCCCUUCUCCUUCCUCCAGGAACCUCCAGCCUGGCCUCUGACCCUGGCCCAAUCCAACCAUGCCCAAGUGGGCCUCUCCUCUAGAGCUGCUCUGGGGCCUGGCUGUGUGACCAGGGCAAGGUGCUAAACCUCUCUGUGCUUCAGUGGUCGAAUCCGUAAAAUGGAAAGGAUGAAAGUGGACUUCGUUAACUCAUUAAAUAUUUAUUGAGCACCUA